GCUAUUUUGGCAGCUUGUUUCCUUCAGGAAUGCUGACGUUGUGUAUAAAAUUCGUUUGCAUUGUUGAAUCCUUCCACAAGCACUGACUUGAUGUGAGAAUGGGUGUGAAGAUGUGCUUUUGGCUGUCGUUGCUCCUGCCAACAGCGGUGCUCACAGGACCACUUGGGAAUGAUGAGACGGAGCUCAACCAAGACGAGGACUUUAUAGCAGUCCAGUCAUUGCCAGGACAUGUGUCCUCUGGAGGUCCUGCCAGUUUUACACCUUCUCCCUUGCAGCCUCCUUUGCAGGACAUGCCCACUUUUGAGGAGGAGCCGCAAAAUCCUGAUGCACUGCAAGAAGUCCUUCUUGCUUUCCAACAAGUUUGGAAUAAGGACAGUAGUCUGGUAAAACAGGAAUUCUCUCAGUUGGGAUUUUGUUCCCAGCACGAUGGUGCGAGACAUUCCCAAUUUGAGACGCCGCAGAUUGACAACGACACUCCAGAAUGUCUGCACAGCAAAAAAGAACACUGGGAUGUCGAAGAAGACGGGACUAUCGGCUUGACCCUCCACUUCGCAAAUCCUGAGAAAUGUUACGAACAAACCAUUUCCGUAGUGCUCCUGUUUUUCAUCAACUCCAGCAACACAGAUUUCUUGAAGAUAAAGUUCAGUAGUCAGCACCUUCAGCCGAACACCCAGGUAGUGUGUGUUUCUCAGGCAACACGCUUUCUGGUUCUUACAGGAGUUCAGGCAGAGGGCUUCAUUUACGAGAAAGUAAAACUGAGGAUGGAAGUUCAGAAUGACAGUGACAAGAAAAUAGGUUUGGCUGAAUUGCAGGCCGUCAUGCAUCGGACAAAGACCAGGGUCAAGCAGUCAAGUCCAGUGAUUCUUUUGUUCUCCAAGAAGCCUGAGCAUGAAAAUGUACCUCAUGAAAAUGGGACGUUCCUCUUCUUGUGUGAACUGCAGAAGUUUUUAAAUGAGGUCUCCCCUCAAGGAAAUCCACUACUUGCACAGCAUGAGGUCAGAACACUCAGCCCCGGUGUUCUCCACUCUCUGCCCCCUUUAACUCUUGGAGUGUCUUCCAGCGAGUCCCUUCUUCUUGAGCUGGUCAAUUCCACCAAUCCAACCGUCUUCUACUUCCCCCGCCAAACCUCAGGACUGACAGCCCACCGAGUGGAGCUGGACCUACAGCCGUCAUUGCUCUCGGUGCUGAAAUUCAAACUAGACCAGGCUCUAGCGCAAGUGCGAACAGAGGAAGUUGGGCGCGAUGCGAUGGACACGCUGCGGAUUCUCAGUGUCCUCAGUGCACUCCCUGAAGACGGAGAAGCUCCAGAAACAGGUUUGGAAAACCAGCGCAAGGUCCAGUACAGGGCGGUCUUACUGCUGAAGGCUUUACAGGCUGUACUUGGGGCUUGGGCGGUAGAAAGAGCGCAGAGGGCCGCCCGAGGAGGCGAGGAAGGCCCGAAGCUUAGCCAGUGUCGCCUUGAGAGUUUCACUGUGUCCCUAGAGAAGUACCUGUUGCAACCCACUACGGCCAACAUUAAAAACUGUGAGGGAGCAUGUGGUUUCCCGCUGAUCAACGGUAACAACCACGCUAUCCUGCUGAACAGCCAUCUCCAGAGUGGACAGCCUCUGAACCGCACACUCUGCUGUGUGCCCGUGGCGUACGACGACCUGUGUGUGAUUGAGGUGUACAAUGACGACACCACCAUUUCUUACAAGACCAACAUGGUUGCCAAAGAGUGUGGAUGUCGCUAAAAUCAGAACCGACCAGUGGUGGACGAAGAACACUAACCAUGUACUUGAGCUGAAGUAGAGCUAAACUCGGUAAAAUAUUAUUACUCCAUAUUACUACCAUCUCCAUAUAAACUUUCACUUGAGUAAAAGUACUAAAUUAUUUGCCUUACAAUUUACUUAAGUAUCCAAAGUAUUAAGAUUUAUAUGGUCUAUUAAUAGAAUGACAUUACUCGAACACUGAUUGAUAUCUAUUAAACUUAUCAUGAGCCCAAAAACUUCUUUUUAACCAGUAAAAAAACAAAUCGUGCAAACAAGGUCAGGGGUGUUGUGAUGAGUUUGAGUGAGAAGUUUCUUCCAUCAUUUAUUCCUCUUAAAAUGUUCUACUUGCUGUUGAACUGAUGCUAAACUAUAUGUUGGUGAUAAGUAGAUGCCACCAAGCGCCAAUCAAAACAAGUUUAGAACAGAGUGCAUGCUCAGCGCUUUGUGGUUGACCAGUUUUUAUCCACUAAUAAAUAAAAAUAAACGACUGAUUUUGCAAAAUGUAGUUGAGUAAAAAGUUAUUUGACUUUGACAUGUAGUCGAGUUACAGUUAAAAGUCUCCCCAAAUGGAAAUACAUCAUAUGUGAAAAUAAAAAUUUAUGUACGAAUUACAAUUACUUUGUUACUGUCCACCACUGGAACACACACACACACACACACACACACACACACACACACACAUUUAUAUAUAUAUAUGAUAAAAGAUGUCUCAGAUAUUACCUUUCAUGUAUCAUUCAUGUAUCAUUUAUUUUGCUAUUGCACACAUUUUUCUAUAUAUUGAAAACUACAAUCAAGAACAUGCAGAACAUAUCCAAUCUGAUAAUCAGUGUCAAUUACAGCUGUGCAAAACUCUUGUUGUGAGAUUUACCUUUUUUGAAGGAAUAAUAGAUUUGACCAGUUUUUGGUGCAUAUGGUUUCUGUUUUCUGAGAUAAAUAAUGAUAUUCCUAACAAGAGUAACAUUUUUUCCCCAGUGCAGAAACUAUUUGAAUGUUUUUCUUCCAUCUAAUAAGUUGGUCUAUGUUCAUAUUUAGUCACACCAUUGCUUGUGCAUGCUACUUUUAAUAUAAUAAAUAUCACCAAGAUAAUGUCUUAUUUCUUAUGUAUUUUACAUUUUGUAUGCCUACAGAUCAGCAAUAAACCAAAUACUAAAUAA